UCUGCUGCAGCUGUGGGUUAUGCUGCAGGAUCGAUGGCCGUGUUUUGCAGGCAGGAGACCGCGUUUAUUAAAGUAAAGCCAGCGCUGCUGCAGCGGACCGAGUGCAGACUCGUGUUUAUCUGUGAAGACCGUCAGCAGGAUUCAGUCUGAGUGUAAAACAUCCUCACUGACCAGCCCGUCGUCGUGAUAAAGCUGAAGCUUCAGUCUGGAAAGAGACAGCAGGUGUUGGGAUGGACAGACCCGGGUCCAGGUCCAGCAGGGACAGGAAAGUGCCCCAGCCUCCGGUCACCAGGAUGACCCGCAGCUCCAGGUCCCAGGCCAGACCCCCCAGCGCUGCCGAGCCCCAGGACUCCCAGCACGACCUGUAUGGGAAACAGCGAAGGAAACAGACUGAUCCAGUCCUGGUCCAGGACCUCAGCCAGAUGAGCGUGAGCGGACAGGACUUGUUAACCGCAGGUGAAGGAAAGCCGACCCGAGCCAGUGGAGAUCCAGUGCAGGAAUGUCGGGCCAUGGGGUCCAGAUCUGAUCAGUGUUCUCCAUCUCCGCCGGGCCCCAAGUCGUCCUCCAAGUCGUCCUCCCGGGGCGGUCUCGCCUCCGUGGCUCGGCUGGUGAAGCUCGGCCGCUGUAAGAACGUGGUGGUCGUGGCCGGAGCAGGAAUCAGCACGCCCAGCGGCAUCCCAGAUUUCAGGACUCCAGGAACGGGUCUCUACGCCAACCUGGAGAAGUACAACCUCCCUUACCCAGAGGCCAUUUUUAACAUUGAAUACUUCUCCGACAACCCGCAGCCUUUUUUCUCCUUGGCCAAGGCUCUGUACCCCGGCACCCAUCGACCCAACUACAUCCACUACUUCAUCCGCAUGCUUCAUCACAAAGGCCUGCUGCUCCGAGUGUACACCCAGAACAUUGACGGACUGGAGAAACUGUGCGGCAUCCCAGAUGACAAACUGGUGGAAGCUCAUGGUAAUUUUGCCACAGCUUCCUGUCACCUGUGUUACACUCCAUACCCUGCUGAGGAGGCUAAAUGUGCUAUAAUGAAUGACAACGUCCCCACGUGCUCAUUCUGUUCUGCAACGGUCAAACCAGACGUCGUGUUCUUCGGCGAGGAUCUCCCUCAGAAGUAUUUCCUGCACACUAAGGACUUCCCCAAAGCAGACCUGCUCAUCAUCAUGGGCACAUCUUUGCAAAUUGAGCCAUUUGCCAGCCUGGUGAAUACAGUGCGCUCCACCGUGCCGCGUCUUCUGCUGAACAGACAUGCCGUGGGCCCGUUUGAGAGGGUCCCGCUGCGAAGAGGAGAUCACGUGGAGCUCGGGGAUCUGGCAGACACGGUCCAGAGGUUGGCUGAGAUGCUCGGCUGGAGCAGCGAGAUAGACGAGCUGAUGAGAAGUCAAGAAACGUUGGGCAUCCCUGCUCUGGUGAGCAAUCCUCUGUUAGAGAGCAGUCAGGUAUCAUGUCAGAGCAAAGCAGCAUCAGAGCCUCAAGGCAGAGAAGAAACAUCCAGAUGUGGAGCGGGACGCCCGAGGCCACUCAGCAGCGGCGAGGAGACUGACUCGGAGACGGACGCGAAAAGCUGUGCGUCAUCCUGCCCGAGCUACUAACGCUGCAGACGUUUGGGACGGUCUCUCCCCUCCAGACUUCACACUUUUAUACCAACUAUGCACUCACGCGAUCUUGUAAUUAUUUUGACUCUUUAAGAGUCUGUGUGAAGUGUUUGAGUUCAGAUGUACAUGUCAAAUGGUUAACAUCGUAGAGGUUCCAUUAACGACACUAGUAAAUGUUUGUGAUUUUAUGUCAAAGACAAAGCUCAAUGUUUUAUAUCAAUAAUGCACUGUAUCUUAAGCAAUAUUUAAUAAAGAUCCUGUUUAAUUUAUA